AGAGGAUUUAAAUAAUAAUAAUAAUAAUAAUAAUAAUAAAUAUUUGCUAUACAAUUUAAUCUCAUACAUCAAAUUUAUAUCUAUUCUCUGUAACUGACAGCAAACUGAGCCUCAUUAAAAUUAUUUCUUAAAAUGCAUACAUAAAUGGUAAACAAGAAGAGUGGGCACAACUGUUAUUACUUUUAUCUUAAUAGAGCAGUGUAGAAGCAAUUGAGCUCUUUCUCGUGGUGGCCCCUGGCUCAUGAUUUUCAGAAUUUUGUAAAAAAAAAAAACAAGAGCUGAAGGCUUUAAGGAACCAGUUUCAGCUAUUUCAGCAGCCUCCAUGCCAGGUGCUAUAUCUAUCCCAGAGGCUCUAGCUUCACAAAAAUGCUUUAAUGGAUCUGAAGCGAAAGCGGGUGGAGGAUUUCGAGAAUCUGUCGGAUGCAAUUUCCAAACAGAUUCUUUUCCAAGCCAGUCUGCACUUUUGCUUCUUUCAGUUUUAAAUGAAGACGCGAUCCUGAAUCGUUGAAAUGUUUAGGAGGCCAUAUUUAAGUUAAACAGGCCGGACAGACAUACCCAGCUGGAGCAGUUUGUGGUGGAAAGCCUUUAAUAUGUGAAACCAAGCAAUUUGUAUGAAUAACAUGCAGGCAGCCCAAUCGAGUAGUUUGAGCAUCUGUUUUAUCUUCAAGCACAGCAGCACAGGAACAACAAUUUGGAGGCCAGUCAUACCCUCCAUCUAGACCCAUUCUGAAUAGGUGCGGACCACGCAUAUUUGAUGAUCAGUGAAGCAUAUGCAUUCUCUACAGACUGGAACCUUGUGUACGAAGCAGUACAACUUAGUUGCCUUCCGGCAUUUAUAGACAACCAUAUUGAAAGGCGUUCAGAAAUCGGGAUUGGAAUAUACAAUGAAGAUAUUUGCCAGGGUUUUAGCUUAGAGAAAUUGGAAUUUGGGAUAUGGGAAAUGAACUGUCGGCAUAAAGCUUCAGUAAUCGCAGAUCCGUUCCCGUUAAUUACUUAUAACACAUUUAACAUUAUACGCUCUAGCUUAGAUGUGAAUAUGAGUUCUCAUACUCAGUUGCUCAAAUAUAAAUAAUUGCAGUAUAAUAUUGAUUUCUUUUUCAAAACAAUAUUUAGA